AUGCCUAUUGACAAUGCGGCCAAUAUCGGACCUGAAGGUAUUCUGAUGGCCAUGACAAACCUAAGCACCUUGGCUAUCUCGGAUGACCGCCAGACCGUUGUCGUCGGGUCUGGUAUUACAUGGCCUCCGUUGUAUGCGUAUCUGGACAAGUAUGGUGUCACUGCCAACGGUAUUCGCUCUGGUGAUGGUGGUGUCAUUGGUGCAAUUCUUGGAGGAGGUCCCUUCGGUUUCAUGGCGUAUGAAUUUGGGAUGUCGAACGCUGCAAAAUCUUUAGAUUGCGUCCUUGCUGAUGGAAGUCUGGUGACUGCCAGUGCUGAAGAGCAUCCCGACCUGUUCUGGGCUCUGGUCGGAGGCGGCAACAACUUCUGCAUCGUCACGCAGGCAGUUCUCAAUACUAUCCCGAUCUCUUCGGCACUCAUCGGAACAGUCUCUUGGGGAGCCAAUGUCUCCGAAAAAUACAUCAAAGGUGUCGAGCAGUUUGCACUCCAUGGCGCGGAAUAUCCAAAGGCUUCUUUCGAGGGCCAGACGCGCUGGGUACCUUCACGCAGCAGUGAUAUCUCAUUUGACGGAUAUCUGUGGUAUAGCGGCGAGGGUGAUGUUCCCGUUGGACUGGAAAAUUUCACUGCACCUAUCUUACCCAUCACAAGGGGGAACAUCACGCGAACGACCAUGGGCGCAUGGACAAAUGAGUUCAAUUAUGCUCCUCUUCUUGGCACCCGAGCAUCAUUUCACUGGUUGACAAGCAAGGCCAAUGCUACAGCUGCAAGAAUCGCUUUCGACACAUACUACGAGUCAGUUGCGUCUUUAGCGGACGUCGAAGGGUUCUCGACCGCUUUCAAUAUGCUUCCGAUAACCCCCAUUGUGACUGCAGCUCCUGAAAACGCUAUGGGUCUGGGACGUGACGACAGUCCUGCGAUCUGGUAUGUCGAAGCUCCUCUGUGGUCGAAUCCAGAAGACGAUGAGCGCGUGCUUGGAGUGCACGCGGUGGCGAACGCUAAAAUCCGGGAGAAACUCGCUGCUGUCGGCCUCGGCCCGCUCCAGUUCAUGUACCUCAGUGACAUCCAGAAGUCCCAGAUCCCUGAGACAUACCCUGCGUAUGGAGCCAAGAAUUUGCGGAAGCUCAAGGCCAUUAGGGACAAGUACGAUCCUGACCUGGUCUUCACCGAGCUAGUGCCCGGGGGUGCCAAGGUUGCCUUGGCUUAG